CUCCAGACAAGAGAAGAAGAAAAAAAAGAAAAAUGGCUGCGCUCAUAAGAGGCGUGAUACGAAUUUUGCCCGUAGAGAAAAAUAUUUUUCUUUCCACCAGAAGCGACAUUAUAGUGGAAUCAAAGCGCUUUGUUCGCGGUCUGAGGAGGAAACCAGUCAGGGUGCUGUUUCCUGACAAUGACGCGGGUAAAGUUGUAAAGCAGCAGCAGCAGCAUCCACAGGCAGCAGAGAAGAAGAACGCUAGGAACAGUCCUACAGCUGCUGGAGAACAACCCGACUGGCGUGACGCUGUUAACAUGAGGAGUGAGACAGCAAAGCAACCCUAUGCUAACAUUACAAAGGAUUCUGUAGACGGACUGCGCUAUGAGAGGGCUUUACCAGGAGAUAAAAGAUUAUCGCGUCUGGUCAGCGUCGCUCGAUCCAGGAAGUUUCGGGAGCAGCAGGGUAAAAUCCUCCUGGAGGGCAGGCGUCUGAUCUGCGACGCCCUGGAGGCCGGCGCCCGCCCUCAGAUAGUGUUCUUCAGCAUGGCGGAUCGGCUCCGAGAGCUGCCGCUGGACAAGCUGAGGGGGGCGACUGUAGUCAAGGUCAAGUUUGAGGAUAUCAAGAUCUGGUCCGACGUCGUUGCCCCACAGGGAGUGAUCGCCAUAUUUGCCCGGCCUGAUCCUGCUCGGCUCAGUUUUUCACAGAGAGAUCCGUCGCUGCCGUUGUCGCUGAUAUGCGACAACGUCCGUGAUCCUGGUAACCUUGGCACCAUGCUGAGAUGUGCAGCUGCUGCUGGCUGUCAGGACGUCCUCCUUACCAAAGGUUGUGUUGACGUGUGGGAACCCAAAGUCCUGCGUGCAGGAAUGGGCGCCCAUUUCCGACUCCCCGUUUAUCCCAAUCUGGACUGGGACGAGAUCAGAAACCAUCUUCCCAAAUCGGUGACUGCGCACGUGGCUGACAUAAGAGACGCUGACGACGAAGACGGUACCAACAAGCUGUCCAAACCGGGAGAUUACGGUUGGGUCAGCACGUCACCUAGAAGGAAAACUAUCGAGUACGAGGAAUACGAUUCGGAGUCUGAUUCCGACUCGGAGGACGAGGAUCUUUCCCUCCCCAGAGUGGAAACCAAACUGUACCAUGAGAACUGGGCCCAGAGCCCCACCGCUCUGGUGAUAGGCGGAGAGACACGCGGCCUGAGCACAGAGGCGGUGCAGCUAGCUGAGAAAACAGACGGUUCCAGACUUUUUAUUCCCAUCGUCUCAGGCGUGGACAGUCUGAAUUCAGCCAUGGCCGCCAGCAUCCUUCUGUUUGAGGGCAGGAGGCAGCUGUCCAUGCUUCUACAGACUGCUGGGAAGAAGAGGCAGUCUAAGGCUGAGAGGAAGUUCUCAUGAAUAAACUGAAUAGUUUGUGUAAUCUGUAUAAUUAUGAGUCCUGUAAUAAACCCAUACAUUUGAACUGAA